CAACACGAAGGAGCCCAAGUUCCUUUUGAUCAGGUAGCAUCUCCUUUGAGUCGGCUCUGGAUUAGAACCCGCUGUUUAUGAAACCGGAAAAGGUACAUCUCCAAGAAUGAAGAGGGGACUUCUACUCCUGUGCUUCCUAGGCACAGCCCUGGCCUUCCCAGUGGGACCCGUUGCUUUAAGUGCCAGUCAAGAGGCGUUGAUGCAGCAGAGGUGGAAUGCCCUGCUUGGUGCCUUCCAGCAGCAGAAAGAAAUCUACCCGCCAGUCUCGCCAGUUCAGCCGAGGCUGGGCGCCGAUGCCCAGGUGCAGCUCCCCCAAGUUAAACAGCCAGAGCUGAAACAGCCAGUGUCUCCAGAGCAGCAAACCCCGGAGAAGCAGCCCCUCCAGUCCAGCAGAUACCUGCAUGUUCCUCAGCAGGCGCAGCGGAUGCCAUACGGAUAUGGACCACAGCGAUGGGGUUACACUUCGUACGUCAGUGGGACUCAGAUGUUGCCAUUCUUCCCAUUUGGCUUUCCUCAGAAGGUCCGUCCCCAGAGCGUCGAGGAUGACGAGAUGCCCGCUCCAUCGAGACCUCAGAUGCCCCCACAGCAGACACCUCAGAUGACACCACCCUACGGCUCCGUCCCUCAAGAAACGCCAGGGUCGCAGACUCCUAAUGGAGUGCCAGCCAAUGGCAAAGACCCCCAGCCGACUGGCAGCGAACCACAGGCACCGAGUCAGCAGGAACCUCAAGUGAAACCCUCAAAUGGCAACUCCCCAAAUCAGCCCGAACAGACCAAACCUAAUGGUUACCCCACCUUUGGAAAUCCAGCUCAAGAGACCCCCCAGAAGCCUCCAGCCCCCGACUCCAACGUGGGCUCCUCCUUUGGCUCCUCACAGCAGACGAGACCCCAGCAGCCUCAGUUCUCUUAUCCGGAGCAGACCAUCCCGUCAUAUGGUGAGACAGCACAAGUGAGACCACAGCAGCCCCUGCAGCCAAACCCAGAGAUCACCUCACAGUUCGGAAACGCACCACCCCGUCGGACAGAAAUGACACAACAGCACCACCAAGAGGUGAUCACCACCUGGGCGAGCGCCGGACUGAGGAGACAGCAGCCACCCCAGUACCCCGCACAGGGCAAUCCGCCAAUGAACGGCACGCCACAGCAGAGACCCCAGCAGCCAGCCCCCGAAAUCCAUCAGCAGUUCCACAAUGGCCAGCAACCGCAGCCUCAGGCCCCGAGUCCAGACGUACAAGUGAGCCAGCAGUUUAACAACAUGCCGCAGCUGCGACCCCUGCAUCCGUACCCCAGUCUGAACCAGCCCUUCAACAACGCGCCGCAGGUCCGACCGCAGCAGCAGCAGCAGCCGCCGCCGAGUGUCGAGGUCAUCCCUUCAUUUGGCGCCUUACCGCAGCCAAGACCCCAGCUGCCCCUGCCAGAAGUGCUCCAGCCCUACGGAAACAUCCCGAGACAGACGCACAUCCCGCGACCUCAGGAGCUGCCACAAGUAAACCAGCCAUUCAGCAACAUGCCGCAGUUCAGACCACAGCAGCCAAACGUAGAAGUCAUCCCGUCAUAUGCCGUCGUUCCUCAGAUUCCUCUGCCCAGACCUCAGCAGCCGAUGCAGCCACAGCCCAAUGUGAUCCCAUCGUAUGGCGCCAUCCCGCCAGUGAGACAGCAGCAGCCGAUGCUGCCAAACCCCGAGAUCAGCACGUCCUACGCUAACCUGCCAAGACAGGCGCCCUUCCCAAGACAGCAGGACCAGCAGCAGCAGCAGCAGCAGCAGCAGCAGUUCUCCUCCUUUGGUUUCCAGCACCAGGUUCCUGUCCAGCAGCAGCAAGGCCAAGCCGGGAAUUAUCCUAAAGUGGUCUACAUUCAACUCCCAUCUCCCCCUAUGGCUGGCAUGGGACCCAACAGAGCAGCUCCUGCCGAAUCAGAGGAAGGCGGCCAACCUCAGUAUGCCGGUUACAUGCCACCCGCUUAUGGUUAUGGGCCAUAUGGUGGCUACGGGCAUUUCGGGAAAAGGAUGCCCCUGUCCGAAGAAAUUAAUGAAGAGGGACCUGCAAAGGCAGAGGGAGGAAAGGAGCCAACCAAACCCCCCAAAGCUGAGGAAGCCACACCCACACCCGGAGGAACAGCUACAAAACCAGACGGCGCAGCCCCCAACACAGAAGGUGGCGCACCUGCCGCUGGUGGCAGUCCCCCUGCCGCUGAGGGGAGUCCGAAUGGUCAGGGGGGCACCCCAACCAACCCUGAAGCCAACCCACCAGCAUCAGGUGGAAACUCCCCAGCCAAUGGACAAAGCCAGCCGGACAGAGGGGACAGUCCAAACCAAGGUGUGAAUCAGCCCAACCCAGCUCAGGGCAUUAACCCGAUGUACCCUGGCAAUGUGAACCCCUUCAGUGGCGUUUUCCUGCCAGCUGGUAUCCGAAAGGUUACCCCCUCACCAGACACCGGCUCAACCCAGAUUCUACCUGGUGGCUUUGUUCCCUCAGCUGAUGGCGGUGCCACCAUCCCAGUCACAUCCUCCCCAUCAGGGAACAACAAUGCCGUUCUCAACAUACCAUAUUACCCAUCUAACGGUGGCAAUAUUAAUCCGGUGGGCAUGAGAAAGACGCCUGUCAAAAAUGGGUGCAAUAUGGGUAACCAUGGGCCAACCACCGUGGAGCCAGUGGCGCCCUCUGCAGGCAACUCAGAAAUUCCCAGCUUCGGUGAAGGCAUCCUGAUGGCGGCGGCAGAGGCGGGCAGUGACGGAGAAGGCCGCACCCCCUGCCGUGUACACGACACCGCCACCGCGGGCAAAGAGAGCAAUUUCUACUACUGAAGAAGGCGAUUGUGGAGAAACGCCUAUCAGAAAAACAGCCAAAGAAAUACAAAUCAUGUUUUAUUGUAAUAUAAAUAGAAUUAGGAGAUUUUUGUUUUCUUAUACUUACCGAUAAAAAACAUCCUCGCGUGAGCUUAUUUGGUUAUCAAAGGGGUUAUGGUGGGGACCACAAUGCUGUUAACCAUCAUAACGCUGGCAUUGUUUUGUAUUCCAUCACAAAAUUGUAUUGUAGUAAUACGGAUUUAAUAAACGGAAAACAUGAAAAACA